UUGACAGUAUCUAUCCUGAUUCAACGUUUUAUUAUGUCAAGUAAAGUUGUGUAUGUAUUAUUACCGAUUCCACAAGUGCUUUCAAUUGAACGUUUGUGUAUCAUUAAAUGCUCAAUCAGUAGCGACUAUAAAUGGGGCACACCAAAGAGCAAAGGCUCAUUCACCGUUUACUUUCAGUGAGACGACACUGCUGAAACGCGUCAGUUUCUUAUCGCGCGGCAGUGGGUUCGGCAAUAAAUAUUCGGGUUGCUCGUUAUUCGUGUCCCGGUUGGUCCGCCACCAUAAAAAAAAAACCAAAAAAAUUCUCAUAUUAGUGGCAUUUGAGACUUUUGAUCCACUUCAUAUUGGGUUUGUACACGUCACUGAAUACAUACUCUUCUUUCAUUUGAGAAUUUGUGUUUAGUUGAAUUCUUUUCAUAAAAUGGAAUCUCGUACGUUGGAAGAUAUAUUGAGUAAACAUAUACCAGAAGAUGACCUACGUGAAGUCAAAAGAAUUUUAUAUGGAGGAGAACUGGAGUGAGUAUGAUGUAUGGAAAAUGAAAUUGGCCUUUGCAAAUUCUGACAACAAUCAGGAUCUCGAGGUUCAGGGAUGGAAAUUUGAUGCUUCUAAAGAACAGCUGCGACCGCCUCGUAUCAUCAGAGUCGGUUUGAUACAACAUUCUAUUGUAUUACCAACUACAAGCCCUGUAAAAGACCAAAGAGAAGCCAUAUACCAGAAAAUCACAGCAUAUGUGACAGAAGCAGCUUCAUGCGGUGUGAAUAUACUUUGCCUUCAAGAAGCAUGGCCGAUGCCAUUUGCAUUUUGCACACGGGAGAAAAAGCCAUGGUGUGAGUUUGCAGAAGACGCUUUGACUGGACCUAGCAGUGAGCUGCUUCGAAAGUUAGCACAGCGCUAUAAUAUGGUAAUAAUUUCACCUAUUCUGGAACGGGAUAGUGAUAAAGGUGACACGAUAUGGAACACAUGUGUAGUAAUCGGUUCAGAUGGUAAUAUUAUUGGAAAACAUAGAAAAAAUCAUAUUCCACGCGUCGGAGACUUCAACGAAUCAACGUAUUACAUGGAGGGUGAUACGGGACAUCCUGUCUUUGAGACACGGUUUGGUAAAAUUGGAAUCAAUAUUUGUUACGGGCGUCACCAUCCACAAAAUUGGAUGAUGUUUGGCAUAAACGGAGCCGAGGUAGUAUUCAACCCUUCUGCCACGGUAGGCUUACUUUCUGAGCCACUAUGGCCAAUUGAGGCCCGCAAUGCAGCUAUAGCAAAUAGCUACUACACUUGUGCUAUAAACCGGGUUGGUACGGAAGUUUUUCCCAACGCCUUUACAUCUGGGGAUGGCCGUCCUGCUCACAAAGACUUUGGUCACUUUUAUGGGUCAAGUUAUGUAGCUGCCCCAGAUGGAAGUAGGACACCUGGACUCAGCCGUCAUCGCGAUGGUCUUCUUGUUGCUGAGCUAGAUCUCAAUCUUUGUCGCCAGAGCAAAGAUUCUUGGGGAUUCAGGAUGACUCAAAGACUGGACCUAUAUGCUCGUGAACUUGCAGAGGUAGUCAAAUCUGACUACAAGCCACAUAUAAUACGCGAAUGAGGCUACUAGAGUGACCCAUCUUUAAUAUGUUCAGUUGCACAAAGUUGUACAUUGAUCAUAAAUACAUGAAGUUCUCAAUUAUUUUAAAAAUAAAUACGUAUUUCCAAA